AUGCUCACUGACAACUGGAAAGACCUUGCCGGUAAAGCGCAAUCGACAUUUCAAAACUCUUUAAAACAAGCCAUCGAUCUUGCAGACUUUGAUGAUGAAUUAGCCAAAAAAUAUAGGAUCUUACCUUCAGCUAUUGGUACAAAUUGUGAAGACUUUGGGUCACCUGCUGAGUAUCCUUUGGAAGAGUAUUUAAAAACAUUACCUCAAAAAGUGUUGGACAUUACCGAAAAAGACCCGGUGGAAUUAUUGAAGGAUCUCAAAUGUAAAAAGGUUACGUGUGUUGAAGUAUUGAAAGCAUACACUGCAGCUUCAAUUGUCGCUUCCAAAUUGACCAAUUGUGUGCAGGAGUUUUUGCCAGUUGAAGCUCUUCAAUAUGCUCAGCAAUUAGAUGCAAACUACGAAAGCAAGAAACACCUUCCCUUAUAUGGCUUACCAUUUUCAAUUAAGGAGAUGAUCCCAUUUGUUGGCAGAUCGGUGACUCAUGGAUCUUUGUGUUAUCUUGACAGGGUAGUUGACUACAACGCAGACAUUGUCAACAUCUUGAUCGCAAAUGGAGCUUACCCAUUCGUUAGAACUACAAACCCACAAUCAUUGAUGAUGCUUGAAUGCGUUUCAUUUGCGCAUGGUCGUACCGUGAAUUCACACAAUGGUAACCUUACUUCUGGUGGAUCUUCUGGAGGGGAAGGAGCAUUGAACGGGUUAAGGGCAAGUCCAUUUGGCUUAGGCAGUGACAUUGGUGGUAGUAUCAGGUGUCCUGCAGCUUUUAAUGGAAUUUAUGGAUUGAGAACAACAUUGGGUAGAAUCCCUACCGCAGAUUACUUCUCCUGCAAUAUGGGAUCUGAAUCGAUCCUCUCGGUAACAGGACCUUUGUCUAGAUCAUUGGAUACUGUCAAUUUGGUGAUGAAGACCGUCAUUGAAGCAAAACCAUGGUUGAUAGACCCCACUUUAGUUCCAUUGAGCUGGAAGAAACCCUAUCAAAGAAAAUACAGAGUGGGAAUUUAUUGGUCGGACAAAAUUGUCAAUCCGUCUCCACCAAUCAAAAGAGCUUUGACAGUAGUUAGCAAAAAGCUCAACAGCUUAGGGAAUUUUGAAGUUGUCCCCUUUGAACCAUAUAAACCCGAAAAGGUUGCUCAAAUUUUAGGAAAAUUGUAUUUCGAGGACGGAGCUAGGGAUUUCCGCUCUACUUUGCAAACAGGCGAGCCACUUCUUGAACAAACAAGAUGGGCAAUUGAAGGGGCAGAGGACUUGGAUAUGCAUGAGCAAUGGUAUUGGAAUUUGGAGAAACAAGCGUACAGAAAGAAGUUUUUAAAACAUUGGUGCGGGUAUACCGAUGCUGAUGGCAACGUCCUCGAUGCAGUAAUUGCUCCUGUAUUCCCCAAUGUUGCAGCAAAACAUGAGACUACAAAGUAUUGGACAUAUACAUCACAAUGGAAUUUAUUGGACUACCCGGUAUUGGCAUUCCCAGUUACAAACGUUGAUGAAUCCUUAGAUCAACCAUAUACAGAUUACACACCACUUAACGAUUUAGACAAAUACUUUUACAAACAGUACGACAGUCCAAGCUCGUUCCUGAAGGCUCCAGCAAACUUGUGCCUUGUGGGUUUGAGAUUCACUGAUGAAAAGUUGGUGGAAAUUGCCCAAAUUUUGAGAGGUUGA